AAUUUGUUUACUAAUGUAGCAGGGUGCACCUUCCAUCGCUGCCGGUACAUUUGCAAUACGAAUUCUAGCAGCCACAAAGUGAAACAAUAUGCAUUUGGGAGCUCAAAAGUUGGCCCUGAAGCAGAAAGAAGCGAAACUAGCCGCAGCGUUUCCCAAAGGAGUACGAUGCCAAAAAUGUCUCGAGUACGGCCACUGGAGUUAUGAGUGUACGGGCAAAAGAAAGUAUCUCCACCGGUCAUCGCGGACCCAGGUGUUGAAAAAAAACUUGAGUAAAUUAGGCACAAAGAACGGAGAAGUAGCACCCGGGUCUUCGGAUGCGAAACAGGCUGGUAGCAAGAAAGCUGGCAAAGAAAAGAAAAACCCAAAUGGAUCGUCCGACUCUUCGGAUAGCAGCGACGACAGCAGCAGCAGUAGUAGCAGUAGCAGCAGUAGCAGCGACAGCGAUGGUAGUAGCAGUAGCACCAGCAACAGUAGCAGCAGCAGCAGCAGCAGCAGCAGUACUAGUGGAAGUUCCUCGAGCAGCAGCUCAAACGGAAGCAGCAGUAGUAGCGCCGAAGGCAGUUCGAGUUCAUCCGAAGAUGUAGAAAAGCAGGCUAGCAGAAAAACAAAAAAUCUGAAGAAAAAAUCUUCCAAUGGGAAGCAGAAAGAGGAAGGUACUAAAGUUUCCAAAAAGGAUCUGAAGAAGAACAAAAAGAAGAAGAAAGACGGAAGCAGCAACAAUAGCAGUAGCGGAACUAGCAGUUCCAGUAGCGACAGUGACGAAACUUCACCAUCGGAGGAUGAGCGGAAGAAAAAAAAGAAACGCCGUAAAGGAGGGGAGUAAUACAUGUCCUCACAUCUCCUAUUAAACUAUCCACUUAAUACCCGUAGGUGUAAGCACGGUAUGAAGCUUUGCUUUAUCCAAUUUGAUUCGAUAACCGCAGUAGAUGCCAUUAAAAUAUAGCAAGAGUUUCGCUUUUCAAUAUUAGAUCAGGUUCAGGUAUUAGGUCCCAUACUAGUAUCCACACUAGCACGGUGGCAAUACAGAUCAGCCAAGGUUUCCCAUUUUUGGAUAUGUUUUUAUUUAUUCCUCUAAUCAUAUCUAAAUCAUCAAAUAAUGUUUUGAAAAAAUUGUGGAAAUUGCAUUUUUAGCCCACACCGUCCUUUGAUUUCAAAUAGUAAAUUCGACUGUAUUCGGUCACUGUCCAAACAAACAGAAUCUGUCUUGUUAUAUUUAAAGGGUUCGUCCUAGUAAAACUUGAACCUUAAAA